AUGGAAUCCUUUGAUAUGGUUCGUGCCCUCUGGGCUCUCCUCCCGUCAAGUAACAUCACAUUCACUGUUGAACACAUUGACGGACACAUGGAUGGAAUUAGUGGACAUGCACUCACCUUCAUGGAACAACUCAACGUCCGUAUGGACACUCUCUCAAAAACCUACAGGAAAACUAUUGCCCAUCACAACCCUACUGGACCCCCCCCCACACACCUCUGCUUCGAAAAUGAAGGUUGGUCCCCGUGGCAGGGCCCACUCAAAUUGUCAUCUCCCAACAAGCAUGCCCUCCUUGAAGCCAUCUCCACUCCAGUCAUUCUCAAAUACUGGACCACAGCACGUCACAACUCUCCUGCGCGGUUUCCCCCUGAAGCCACUCAACACAUCCAUUGGAAGAUGUCGAAUGGACGCUUGAUGAAGGCUCUUCCAGCUGGAAUGUAG